AAAAAAUCAGAGAAAACCUGGACAUUCAAUUAAAAGUACAAGAUGAGUCGUAAUACUAGAUUUAAAGUGUCUCCUGUACCUCAUCUGAAUCUAGAAAGAGCAAUUGAUAUUGAAGAUGAAAGUAGUGGCAAACGAAAUGGAAUUGAUGAUAGAAAAGUGAGCUUAGCUCAGCUUACUCGUGAAAAGCUACCUCGACUUGAUCAUUUUCGAUUGUCAAAGCGCAUGUUUACUCGUCCAUCGAUUGGAGAACUUUAUGGAGAUCAAAAUCAAAGAACUAAUCAAGAUGAAGUUAUGAUGGCAGGACACAACCCACACUUUCAACUAGGAUGGAUUCAAGGUGUCCUUAUUCCUGUUCUACUUAAUAUUUAUGGAGUUAUGCUUUUCUUAAGAAUGGGAUGGAUUGUUGCUCAAUCUGGAAUAAUUGAGACUAUUAUCAUCAUUGCAAUAUCUGCAAUUAUUUGUAUUAUCACAACUUUAUCUUUAUCAGCUCUUUGUACGAAUGGUGACGUUAGAAGUGGUGGUAUUUAUUACAUUGUCUCACGAUCUCUUGGACCUGAAUUUGGAGCAUCUUUAGGAGUUAUUUUUGCAUUUGCUAAUGCUGUUGCAGCUUCUAUGAAUACAAUUGGUUUUUGUGAUUCCUUAAAUGAUUUACUAUCUAGAAAUGGAAUGAAAAUUCUUGAUGGAGGAAUUAAUGAUACAAGAAUUAUUGGAACUAUCGCCAUUCUUAUUAUGAUUAUUGUUUGUGCAACUGGAAUGGAAUGGGAAGUUAAAGCACAAAACUUUCUACUUGUGACUAUUGUGGCUGCUGUUUUAGAUUUCAUUAUUGGUACAGUUAUGGGACCAGCAAACGAAACAGAUCUUGCUCAAGGAUUUACAGGAAUGUCAAAACCAGUUCUUGAAGAAAAUAUGCACAGCAACUAUCGGUUUAGUGAAGGUUUAGAUCAAAAUAUUUUCACAGUUUUCUCGAUCUUCUUUCCAUCAGUGACGGGCAUACAAGCUGGAGCUAACAUUUGUGGUGAUUUAAAAGAUCCAGCAUCAGCAAUUCCAAAAGGAACAAUAACGGCAUUGUUUUUAUCUAUGGCAACUUAUUUGGGAUUUGUAUUUGUUGUUGGAUCAUCUGCUUUAAGAGAUGGUUCAGGUAUUGUUAUGGACAUUGCAAAUCAGUCACUUCCAUACAAUUUUAGCUGUGCUGUCGAUCAUUCCUGUGAGUAUGGUCUGCAUAACAACUUUGCAGAAAUGCAAGUGAUGUCAUAUUGGCCGUGGUUGAUUUAUGCUGGAUGCUUUGCCGCAACAUUGAGUACAGCUUUAACAAAUCUUCUCUCUGUUCCAAGACUUAUUCAAGCUUUAGGUGUUGAUCGUAUUUAUCCUGGUUUUAUUUUCUUCGCAAAACCUUAUGGAAAAGUCGGUGAACCUUACAGAGGAUAUAUACUUACUUUUAUCGUGUCUGUAUCUUUUGUGCUUAUCGCUGAUCUUAAUGCUGUUGCUCCACUCAUUACAAACUUCUAUCUUGCUGCAUAUGCAUUCGUUAAUUUCUGUACAUUCCAUGCUGCAUUUGUUCAACCAUUAGGAUGGCGUCCAUCGUUUAAGUUCUACAAUAAGUGGCUUAGUCUUUUCGGUUUUGUUAUUUGUGUUGCCAUAAUGUUCCUGCUAUCAUGGCAAGCAUCACUAGUGACUGUAUCAAUUGUUUUUGCGCUUUACCUGCUCGUUCACUACCGAAAACCAGAUGCCAAUUGGGGGAGCAGUGCACAGGAACAAGCUUAUAAAAAUAUCAUUUCAUCAUCUUAUCGUCUUCAGGAAACUGGUGGUCAUGUCAAAAAUUAUCAUCCACAAAUCUUAAUUCUAGCUGGAAAUCCAUUUAGCCGACCACCUUUGAUUGAUCUAGCUCAUAAGAUAACUAAAAAUAGCUCACUUCUGAUGGUGGGUGAUGUAAGACCGGAAAAAUUGACGAGCUCAGAUAGAGCAAAGAAAGUGAAAGAGGCAUACAAAUACUUUAAUGAUAAGAAUAUCAAAGCAUUUUAUAAUCUUGUUGACGAUGUAAGCGUUGACGUAGGUAUUAAAUUAAUGAUUCAAUCAAGUGGCUUCGGUCAAUUGUCACCAAACAUUGUGCUUAUGGGUUAUCAGCAAAAUUGGGCAACCGCUGGAUAUGAUUCAUUGAAAAUUUAUUACAAUGUAUUGCACAACAUUUUCUCGUAUCGCGUCUCAGUUGCAAUUUUACGAAUGCCUCAUGGCUUAGAUUAUUCAUUUAACUUAAAUAAUGGCCUUAGAAAUAUGGGAUACGAUCCAUCAAGUAACGGAUCAUUACAUGUGGUACUAGAAAAUUCGAUGACUCCUCCAAUGACACCAACAUCGCCUAAAUCAGACAAGAACAAGAAAUCAAUGAAUCCCAAAAAUAUGGUUUCAGAGGAAAUUGAAAUGAACUACUUCAAUAUCAAGCAAGAAAAAGGAACAAUUGAUGUAUGGUGGCUUUAUGACGAUGGUGGGCUGACAAUGCUUAUACCAUUCAUAAUGACGAUGAGAUCUAAUUGGUCGAAAUGUAAAAUUCGAGUUUUUGCUUUGACAAACAGACAACACGAGUUGGAAGUUGAGGAACAAAACAUGAUUCAAUUAUUAAAGAAAUUGAGAAUUGACUUUUCAUCACUCGUCAUGUUGCAAGGCAUAAGUGAUCUUCCAAAGGAAGGAACAACGAAAUAUCAUUCCAAAAUUCUCAGCGGAUUCCGAGAAGGUGAAAAUGAGCAAUGUUUUGUAUCAAAUGAUGAGUUCGAAAAAAUGCGCGACAAAACAAAUCGACAGCUAAGAUUACGAGAAUUACUGCGUGAACACUCAAAGACAGCCAAUUUAAUCGUUAUGUCAUUACCAAUGCCACGACAAGGAGAAGUUUCUGCACCGCUUUAUAUGUCUUGGUUGGAGGUCUUAUCAGCUGGUAUGCCGCCAAUGUUGUUCGUUCGUGGUAAUCAAACCUCAGUAUUAACCUUCUAUUCUUGAAGGUCUGCCCGACUAAAUUCUUGAAAUUUUACCAAUAUUUUUUUUUGAAAUAAAUAUGUAAAUGAAUAUAAUAAAAGUUUAUCGUGUUACGAGCACCAAAU